AUGAGGCCUCGCUGGAAAGAACAGGACUCGGCUNCGGGGCGUCGGCCCUGCUCCAUGGCCUGUUUCCCGGUGGACCGAAAUGGCUCAAGCGCACUCGGACUCCGCAUCCAGUGCAGUUCACAAGCAGCGCCCAGACCGCAAGCUGCGGACGCGCACNGACUUCCUAGGAACGCGUUGCUGCGAGCGUCGCCCAGCAACGACUUUUCCAGCGCGGAGAAGCGGCCAACCGAUGUGGCCCAGCAGUUCCAGUUUGCUGUGAGAGUUAUCGGCAGCAACUUCGCUCCAACUGUUGAACGAGAUGAAUUUCUAGUAGCCGAAAAAAUCAAGAAAGAACGUAUCCGGUAUAGGAGAGAAAAUGAAACAAAGUUGAUACAAUAGCUCUUGUAAUACUAUUUUUUAUCUAAACAGGGAGUUUUGAAAAAUAAAUGGUCAAUCCUCUACCUCCUGCUGAACCUUAGUGAGGAUCCUCGCAAGCAGGCCAGCAAGGUGACCAGCUAUGCUUCCUUAUUUGCGCAAGCGUUGCCAAGAGACGCUCACUCGACGCCUUACUACUAUGCCAGGCCUCAGACCCUCCCGCUCAACUACCAGGACCGCAGCACACAGGCACAGAGCUCUGGCAGCCUGGGCAGCAGCGGCAUCAGCAGCAUCGGCAUGUGUGGCCUUAGUGGCCCCACACCUGUGCAGCCUUUCCUUCCCGGACAGUCUCAUCAAGCUGCAGGAGUGGGCGAUGGUCUGCGACAGCAGUUGGGGCCUCGUCUGGCGUGGACUCUGACUGGAAAUCAGCCUUCUUCACAAACCCCUACCUCGAAGGGUUUCCCAAAUGCUCUUUCUCGAAACCUGACAAGGUCAAGGAGAGAAGGGGAUCCGGGUGGCACAUUGGAAGUUACUGAAGCUGCUCUUGUGAGAGACAUUCUCUACGUAUUCCAGGGCAUUGAUGGCAAAAACAUCAAAAUGAGCAGCACUGAAAACUGUUACAAAGUGGAAGCGAAGGCAAACUUAAACAAAUCUUUGAGGGACACAGCAGUCCGGCUUGCUGAGUUGGGAUGGUUGCAUAAUAAAAUCAGAAAGUAUGCUGACCAGAGGAGUCUGGACCGCUCGUUUGGACUUGUAGGUCAGAGUUUUUGUGCCGCACUGCACCAAGAGCUCAAAGAAUACUACAGGCUCCUCUCUGUUCUACACUCUCAGCUCCAGUUAGAAGAUGAUCAGGGUGUGAAUUUGGGACUAGAGAGUAGCCUCACACUGCGGCGCCUCCUGGUUUGGACAUAUGACCCCAAAAUAAGAUUAAAGACCCUUGCUGCGCUGGUAGAUCACUGCCAAGGACGAAAAGGGGGUGAGCUGGCCUCUGCUGUUCAUGCCUAUACAAAGACAGGGGACCCCUACAUGAAGUCCCUGGUACAGCACAUUCUGAGCUUGGUGUCUCACCCUGUCCUGAGCUUCCUCUACCGGUGGAUAUAUGAUGGGGAGUUGGAGGACACUUACCACGAAUUUUUUGUGGCGUCUGAUCCAACAGUUAAAACCGACCGUCUAUGGCACGACAAGUACACCCUGAGGAAGUCAAUGAUCCCCUCCUUCAUUACGAUGGACCAGUCUAGGAAGGUCCUUUUGAUAGGAAAGUCAAUAAAUUUCUUGCACCAAGUUUGUCAUGAUCAGACACCUACUACAAAAAUGAUAGCAGUGACCAAGUCAGCAGAGUCACCCCGUGACGCUGCGGAUUUAUUCACAGACUUAGAAAACGCAUUUCAAGGGAAAAUUGAUGCUGCUUAUUUUGAGACCAGCAAAUAUCUGUUGGAUGUCCUCAAUAAAAAGUACAGUCUGCUGGAACACAUGCAGGCCAUGCGGCGGUACCUGCUGCUUGGCCAAGGAGACUUCAUACGGCACUUAAUGGAUUUGCUGAAACCAGAACUUGUUCGGCCAGCAACAACUUUGUAUCAGCAUAACUUGACAGGGAUUCUUGAAACUGCUGUGAGAGCCACCAAUGCUCAGUUUGACAGCCCGGAGAUCCUUAAGAGGCUCGAUGUGAGACUGCUGGAGGUCUCUCCUGGUGACACUGGGUGGGAUGUCUUCAGCCUGGAUUACCACGUCGAUGGACCAAUCGCCACUGUGUUCACACGAGAGUGCAUGAGCCACUACCUGAGAGUGUUUAACUUNCUGUGGAGGGCCAAGCGCAUGGAGUACAUCCUCACUGACAUCCGGAAAGGGCACAUGUGCAACGCGAAGCUGCUGAGGAACAUGCCAGGUAAGGCCAGAGGCCGGCGAGACAUUCAAGUCUUACAGACUCCGAGCCAUCUGAGGCUCUGUUCAUUUAAAAUGCUGCUUUUUCAGGUGCUUUUAAACCAACUGAGAGCCGUGUUUGAUCAAAUCAUUGAACUUCAGAAUGCCCAGGACGUGAUGUACAGAGCAGCUCUGGAGGAGCUGCAGAGGCGUCUACAGUUUGAAGAGAAAAAGAAACAGCGUGAAAUUGAGGGCCAGUGGGGAGUGACUGCGGCAGAGGAAGAGGAGGAGAACAAGAGGAUCCGAGAAUUCCAGGACUCCAUACCAAAAAUGUGCUCACAGUUGCGAAUAUUGACGCACUUCUACCAGGGUGUGGUGCAGCAGUUUCUGGUAUUACUCACGACCAGCUCUGAUGAAAGUCUCCAGUUUCUCAGCUUCAGAUUGGACUUCAACGAACAUUACAAAGCCAGAGAACCCAGGCUCCGGGUCUCUCUGGGCAGUAGGGGGCGGCGCAGUUCCCAUACGUGAGGCUGGCUUGGGUUAGUACAUGCUUACUCAAGCCUGGCCCCUCAAGCAGCUGCGAGCUGCAGGUGCCCCCUGUCUACACACAGGCCCCAGUGUUCAGCACUGUGUCUGCUGGAAGAAGUCUUGUUAUCCACUGGACUUGCGUGUCUGUAACANCGCUGAGUUCAACAGGCCACUUACCUACCAUGUAGUCUUCAUAGUCGAAAGACACUGUGAUGUGCUGGGACAUCUUAUUUCCACCAUGUAAUUUAUAUUUCAACAACAACAAACUGUUUCUUGCUACAAAAAAACUAGGCCAUAAAUUAAGAGUAAUGUCACUGCUAUUUUUUAGCAUUCUCUGUGAGACAGUUUUUGUUAUCAUGAUGACACUAAAAUUGAAACAUGUCUCUAAGAAAGUCCACAGGCUGUUUUACUCUGGCUUCAGUGUUUGUAACCCUCACCUGCGUGAGGACAUCACUANCCANGCGUCAUCUCCACACACUGUCCUCUCUCCCUCCUGGAGUUUACAUUUUUAUAUUUGCUUUACUGUUUCAGAUAACAUGUCAAACAUUUCAAAGAGUGAGAGCCGUGGAGGGAGGUGUCCUCAGCCUGCCCGGCUACAGGCCGCCGGCUGAACCAGGCAAGGCUGAGACUGUCUUAUUUUCAAAGUUCUGAUAAGUGUUAGGAAGAAAUCAGCUUGGAUUGUGAAGGUUUCCCUUCUCCUUGCCUAUUUUUUCACUGUAAAUAUUUAUAUACUACUGACCAGAUGACGGAGGGGACUGGGUUUUGGUUUUUUUGUAAAAAUGUCUUAUCCAGUCACAUAAUUAUGCCUUUUUUAUGUUGCAUAAGUGAAAACUUAGAGAAUUAAAAACCAUUAUCUUUCA